GGUGUCGUCUGACUUGGCCAGCGCGCUAAGCUAGUGACCUCACGUGCAUGGUUUACCCCUCCCCGGCAAUAUUUUAAGCGUUAAUUAUCCGCCCGGAGAAUUGAAGGAAGGUCAAUCCACCCAAAAAAAAAAAGAGGUGGUCAAUCCUCCUCCCGUAUUUUACCCACGCCGAUCGUGUCAACGCCCCCGCCCGCGCUGACUUCCCGUGAAGCACACCUAUAAAUACGCUCGCGGAGUCGUGAACUGUGCGUGCACACGGCCGAAACCCACCGGAGCAGCCGACCGGCAGGCCAAGGAGGCAGGGGGCGAGGCGACCGCGGGCCAGUGACCGGCCAGCCAGUCCCGAGGACCGACGCGCGAUGAGCCGUGCGGCGGGCGGUGGCGGCGGGAGAGGGGCGGAGCGGCGGUGCCCGUACCGGGGCGUGCGGCGGCGGGCGUGGGGCAAGUGGGUGUCGGAGAUCCGGGUGCCCGGGACGCGGGAGCGCCUGUGGCUGGGGUCCUACGCGGCGCCCGAGGCCGCCGCCGUCGCGCACGACGCCGCCGCCUGCCUCCUCCGCGGCCUCCCGGGGGCCGCCGCCGCGGGGCACCUCAACUUCCCCGAGCGCGCGGCGUGCUACGGCGGCCGCCGCGGGCGAGCGCCGCCCCUGUCGCCGCGCUCCGUGCAGCGCGUCGCCUCCGACGCCGGCAUGGCCGCCGACGCGUGGGCGGCUCUGGCGUCGUCGUCGCCGCUCCUCCGGAACGCCGCUGGCACCACCGCUGGCGCCGCGCGAGAGGGCGAGAGCGCAACGGGCGCAGCAGCGCAAGGCGCGCCGUAUGCGCCGGCGCUGCCGCCGUAUAGCAAUUGCAGUAGUAGUGGUAGCAGUACCUAUUGGUGCACGCCGAGCGCGGGCGGCGGGAGCGGAAGCUCGAGCGCCGGCAGUGAUCAGCAGCUGGUUUACGGGGACAUUAGCGUAGACGACAUCGAGAUCUUGAUGUAACUAGGUAGUUGCACAAGAAACAACAAGUAUAUUAUAUUAUUGGUUCGAUGAUGAAGUUGGAUGUACCACUUCGUUGAUAUCAAGGAAAAUGGACGGGGGAUUAUUAGUUGUAGAAAAUAUCACGGUUCGACCAAGUUUGCAUGUA